AUGGCGUGUGUACUGAAGAUUAGGAUUCUUCUCCUCGUCACCGUCCACGUUGCAAAGGCUGCAGACGUCUCCAUGAAGGAUUUCAUCACAUACCCAGGAUGCACCAGUGGCAUGGUCACAGAAAGUGUCUCCAUAGCUACUAUAUCGACCAGUUCCGGUUUAGAAUGCUCAGCCUUGUGUGCGCACAGAGAUGACUGUCAAUCUGUGAACAUCUGUGAAGGGCCAGGAUACAAUACAUAUUGCAGUGAGGGGAAGAACUCUGGUCAAACUGGAUACAGGAUGUCCCAAAUCCAACCAAUCAAAUGUCCGCACGCCUUUGAAGCUUUCUGCAGCUUCGAAUAUGGGGGCACGUACUUCUUGAGGAGGAACCAUCCCUUAAGUGACGUCAGCGUCUGUGAAGGAAACAUCCUUGAGCCAAACAUGGACUGGGACGGUUUCAACUCGAAGUUCGGGGACCCCCGUUGCGACUUUCUCCUUGGUCUUCAACAGCUGUGGUACAUCUUACGUCAAGGCGUUUACAACCUGCACGUCUAUCUCGAAUACUAUGAACACCCAACAGACCUGGAGCCCAUAAUAGCUAAUGUUUAUUAUUUGCACUUCCGGAUAGGCUCUGACUUAGAGGGCUACCCCAUCCAGUACAGCUCCUACAAGACUUACAAUAAUGCAGAGGACGGUCUCAUGUUGGGGGUCGACACUCCCACCAAGUUCUGCACUCGUGACCGGGAUUGUGGAACUUGUGCUCAGGACAGAGGAGUCGGGUGGUGGUACACGCCUAACUGUACUAACUUUCCCCUGACCGCGAGGAACGGAACAGUUGUAUGGCCAAUCAACGGAAAGGUCAGGACGCUGUAUUUAUUGUCGAUGCUGAUCACGCCUCCCAAUUACUAUUGGGAGAGCAGGGGCGUCGAUGUAUGA